CGUACCUCUACGAGGACUCCUCUCACCCCGCCGGCUUCCUGGAGGCGUUCCGAGCGUUUUACCGGGACGGGCUGUUCACCGACAUCACCCUGCAGUGCGCGUCGGGGGUCAUCUUCCACUGCCACAGAGCCGCCUUAGCGGCGUGCAGCAGUUAUUUUAAAGCCAUGUUCACAGCCGACAUGAAAGAGAAAUCUAACAACCAGAUCAGACUCCCCGGGCUCAGCCAUGCCGUACUGGAAGCCCUCGUGAAUUAUGCAUAUACAUCACAGAUCCAGAUAACAAAGAGAAACGUCCAAAGCCUACUCCAGGCUGCAGACCUCCUCCAGUUCGUGUCAGUAAAGAAAGCCUGCGAGCAGUUUCUGGUGAGGCACUUAGAUACCGACAACUGUAUAGGGAUGCAUUCCUUUGCCGAAUAUCAUGAUUGCUCGGAGUUAGAGAAAGAGUCCAGGAGGAUAUUGUUAUGGCAGUUUGAAGAAGUGUGGCAGCAGGAAGAGUUUCUGGACGUUGGCAAGGAGAAGCUCUCUUAUAUUCUCUCCAGAGAAAAUAUCAAUAUUUGGAAAGAAGAGACAGCCAUUGAAGCUGUCAUUAAAUGGGUUGCACACAAUGUGGAAGAAAGAAUUGAAGACGUCUGUGAACUGCUGAGCUGCAUCAAAGUAGACUUAGAUAACAUGUAUUUGAGGUCAGCUUUAAGCCUACAAAAAAAAUGCCAACUUAAUGACAAUAAGAUAAGGUCACUCAUAUACAAUGCCCUGAACCUCAAUCCCAAAGGUCUUUCCAGAAGACCGACAGCAGCCAUGUACGUGAUCGGAGGGUAUUACUGGCACCCCUUGUCGGAAGUGCACGUUUGGGAUCCUCUAACCAAUGCGUGGGUCCAGGGAACAGAGAUGCCGGAUCACACCAGAGAGAGCUAUGGGGUCACUAGCCUGGGACCAGACAUAUAUGUGACAGGAGGUUAUCGAACAGAGAGCAUCGAAGCCCUUGACACAGUGUGGAUAUAUAACAGUGAGAGAGAUGAAUGGACAGAAGGCUGCCCCAUGCUUGACGCAAGGUAUUACCACUGUGCAGUUUCCUUGAGCGGCUGCAUCUAUGCGUUGGGGGGUUACCGAAAGGGAGCUCCAGUGCAAGAAGCUGAGUUCUAUGAUCCUUUAAAAAAGAAGUGGCUUCCUAUUGCGAACAUGAUCAAAGGUGUUGGAAAUGCCACCGCUUGUGUCCUGCAUGAAGUCAUCUAUGUAACUGGAGGUCACUAUGGGUACAGGGGAAGUUGUACCUAUGAUAAAAUCCAGAGAUACCAUUCAGGUAGCGAUGAGUGGAGUAUAGUCACCACAAGCCCGCAUCCAGAAUACGGAUUGUGUUCAAUUACAUUACAAAACAAGAUCUAUUUUGUGGGUGGACAGACCACAAUCACGGACUGCUAUGACCCAGAACAAAACGAGUGGAAGCAGAUGGCUCACAUGCUGGAGAGAAGGAUGGAGUGUGGUGCCGUGGUUAUGAACGGGUGUAUCUAUGUGACAGGAGGAUAUUCCUAUUCAAAAGGAACUUAUCUGCAGAGCAUUGAGAAAUACAACCCUGAGCUGAAUAAAUGGGAAGCAGUAGGUAAUCUUCCCAGCGCUAUGCGGUCACAUGGCUGUGUCUGUGUGUAUAAUGUGUAAACACUGAAUUUUCAUAUUGUUGUUACAGAGAACAGCAGAUGCAGUAUUCAUAAUAGUACCGAUUACCUCAUGAAUGAGAUGUCUAAUACAAUCUCUUAGUGCACAUCAUUAAAAAUUAGGUAUAAUUUCUAUUUUAAACAAUUCAGAAAUAUAAAUGUGAUAACAAGACUUCCAUACAUUUUUCAGUCCCAUCGUUCUUUGUCAUGAAAGUUUUGAAAUUAUUCUCUUAUAAUACUUUGUGCAGCUAUGUAGGAACUACUGUGAAAAACGGGUUUGUUUUAAUUAAUCGAGUGGAACUGUGAUCUGGCACUAAGGUGAGUAAAGCCAAACAAAAUACGCUGCACUUCUAUGGACUACUGAGCUUAAGAUUAAAUCUUUGAUACUCCAAAGAUAGCUAUAGAAACGGUUCAUUUCCAGAAGCUAAGUGUGUGGUACAUAUAGAGCAAUAUCACUUGGAUAACUAGGUUAUCACAUCCAGAAAUCAUGGGCACUUAGAGGAUGGUUCUAAUUCUACCUUCAAAUGGCAGAGCAGAGAAGAGCACAGGCUGGGAAUGAAGGAAGAAAUGUCAUGCAGUAGUCCCACAGCACAAGCCAAAAGCAUGCAUGAAUUUUCCAGGAGAACAGUGCUCUGAAGUAUGAGGCAGUUUGAGAAAAGUGCUUACUUUGCCAUUCUCACACUGGCAAGGCCCAUGAGAAAUAAAAACAGACUCUGCAUGUCUUGUCAAUGGGCUCUUUGGCUGAUGCGCAGGUAUUGGUGAUUUUUUUUUUUUUUUUCAGGGAAAAGCCUUACCUAACUGUUUUUUAAAAUUACAUUUAAGAUGAGUGUCUUUGUGGAAUGGAAGUAGGAAAUGCGAGAGACUAGAAAAUUGCUAACAUCCCCCUGAAAUAAAAACUUCUGUAUUUUGUGUCAUACCAUUUGGUCUUUUCUAAAAACUGUGACUUGAGCAAAGGUGACAACUGAAGAAACUUGUCAAAAUAUGUUAUGCAUGAAGAAAUUGAAUCUGAAGUGGUCCACUGGAUUUAUUUAUUAUUUCUUGUAAAAUGUAAUAUGAGAUCUUCAAAUUCUGUCUAGAAAGCAAUUUGAGAUGGCCAGGAAGGUCAUCAUUUUGUCACCUCUUCACUGGGAGACUCUCACAGCAGGCUGCCAGCACCAGCAGAAAGCAGAAUCUGUAUGUAGUAUUUCAUUAGCUGGUGUUCUGACCCUGCCGUCCCCAGGCUUCUCACCAGUCCUUGUUCGGCGUCCUGCCACAUAGGUAGCAAUACAAAUGCAUUUCAUUGAAUUGUUAUUGUAGUGAAUUCUUAGGAUUUGUUUUCUCCUCAUAGCUUGUAUAGAUAGUAUAAUGUGGGGCUUGUUAUUAGCCUGGUUCCCUGAGGGAGCAAGGUACAACUGUGUUGUCUUUCUGUGCGUGUGUAAGCUCCCCUCUGACACUGGAGUGUCUUGUUUGGGUUCAGCCAUAUUCUACAGGGAUGUAUAGGCCUUAACAUUACACUCUUUUUUUUCAGGUUUUAUGAAAAUUUGUAACAGGGUAGAGGAGGGAGGGAGAGACUGAAAGGGAGCACAUGAAUCGUGUGGAAAGUAGAAGAUGGCAAAGCCUUCCCAGUGCCAUGGACAGGCGGCUGUGAGGAGUGUGCCUGCUCCCACUUUUGCUGCCCCUCAGCCAGUCCCCCUUCAGCUGCUGUGGGGCCCAUGGUCUGAUAGCAGUGAUCCAAACAAAGAAAUGCCUUGGGAAGCAGAGAGGCUUUUUUAGCCCAGAUCAGUUCCCCAAUCCAGCUGAUGAAAUGACAGCAGAAAUAGCUGUGAGACAUGGGAAUGAGAGGCAGGAACAACACAGAGCUGCUGUGGAGUGUGGUGAGAACUUCCCACACGAGCACUGCCACCUAAAAUAAAAUUUUGGUUUGAUUGGAUUGAUCAGAUAUGAUGAAAGGAGGUUUCCAAGCAGAUAAGCCCUGAGUUUAUAAUAUUUGUUUUUCUUGGUUAUGAGCGUUUUCAACAUUUUUUGUUCUUUCACAUUUUUAUGCUAUUUCUCACUUGCAUUUGACUGCUGGUAGCGGGUGGCACUCAACUCUGAGCUUUGAUGUGAAGAUCUAUGGUGUAUAUAUAGUUUUUGUUUUGAUCUCUUUGUGUGUCACCUUACCAUGUCAGAAGCUCAGGGGUGCGUGGAUUCAGUGUUUUCCUUUGUUACCCAUCCCACUGAGAGCUAUUUAAAGUUCCAGUGUAAUUUGUUUAAAGAUUCUAAAUUGUGAAGGGGUAUGAGGAAUUGAACUCUGAUGCUGUUUGAAAUGCAUGGGCUGGGCAGGGGGGCAAAAGAAAUAAAGUGAAUUUCUUUCUCCUGGAAAUCUCCGCAGCCAAGAAUUGCUCAAAGGCAGCUGGAGAUUUAAAGGACAACAUCACAAGAGCAUGAAGGUGAUGUGUGUAUUGAAUGAAACCACCGUGAACUCAAUGUGUGUAUAUAACAGUGCAAAAUAUGUACCUGUGAAGUUUCAUGUUUGUUGAAAAACAUGAGCAUAGAACAGCUGCUUAUUUAUGGCUGGCCCUGAGGUUCAUUCUGACCCGUAUCCUGUCACUGUUAGUCAUGAGUCGGUGAAAGGAUGCGAGAACAAGGCAAGGACUAACAAAACCUCGCAGUAUCCACCUGUCCCUCCCCUGCUUCUAAACUAAGUGCCUCACGUUGGUGGAAGACAGCACCCUUCCAGGGUUGGAGUACAGGCACUGGAAGACGGAGUCCACUUUUUUCCUCUGGGCAUCCUGCAGGUGAGCCCUACUCUGCUCCUUGGCCCCUGCCUAACUGCCAAGUGGAAAAAAGCCUUUAGUUCUCACACAUAGGAGAGCAUGUGCUGAUCUGGAGUAGACAAAAGGCAGUGAGGUGACUGCCUAGGGCUUCAGUUAAGCCCUAACUUUUUAGAGAUUUUGAAUGCAUUAGAAUAAAUAGAGUGUAGGAGUUCAGAUUUGUGGUUAAAUUUUAACUGGUGCUAUUUUUUACAAUAACCUAUAAUGCCCUUUUAAAUUAGCUCAUGUCCAUAGCACAUCCCAAGAAGGCGUGUAGCAAUUGGGUCUGGAGCGCAGACAGGAAUGGAAUUCAGUGAGAGGAGCAGGGAUUCAGGCUUGUGGUCAGUAGCUCGUGCAUCCUGCGGGAGGUGGAGAGCUUGGAGCAGGGGAUCUUUUAGCCAUCUCUGUGGUAUAUUUUUAAUAAUAAUUGUUGAAUGUGAACACUAAGUUAUUGUGCUAUUGGACCUGUGCUCUGGUAGACAGUUUUACUGUUUCACAUGUAAACUAGAAAACUGAGUAAUACAGAAUUUGAAUCAGUUGAUAAAUCAGUACUAUUCAUUCAAAUUUUUACUUGUGUCAUCCCCAUGUUUGUAGUGCUGCAGAUGCCUGCAAUGCAUCUAUAGUACUUAUGUGAAUGUUUGUAAUAUUUAAUAAAUGUAAAU